ACACACACACAAGUACCAGGCACUCCUGUGCAGCCCAGCAAAAUGUCUUUCUCCUGAAGUGCUGCUCAUCACAGCCUCCAGAUCCCUGACGAUGUUGCCAUGCUUCCCUCCCUGCCUCCUGCCUUUUGCUGCCUUUGCCUGCCUGCUUCUCCUGCCUGGGGCUCAUCUUUGCCCUGCUGUUUGUAGCUGUAUGGACUACCACACCAUAGACUGCCGGGAUCAAGGACUCCCAAGUGUUCCCAAUCCCUUCCCAUUGGAUGUACGGAAACUUCUGAUAGCUGAUAACAACAUUCAGGCAAUACCAGCUGAUUUCUUUAUAUUUUAUGGAGAUCUGGUCUAUUUGGACUUCAGGAAUAACUCCCUCACCUCUUUAGAAGAGGGCACUUUUAGCAGUUCUACCAAACUGGUGUAUUUAGACUUGAGCUACAAUAAUUUAACGCAGCUCGAUGCUGGGAUAUUCAGAUCAGCAGAGAAACUGAUAAAACUGAGCCUCGGAAACAACAACCUGGUGGAUGUGGACGAGGCUGCUUUUGAGAACCUGGACCAGCUCCAAGUGUUAGAAUUGAACGACAAUAACUUGCAGAGCCUGAACGUGGCAGCCCUGGAGGCUCUGCCCUCGCUGAGGACCAUCCGCUUGGAGGGCAACCCCUGGGUGUGUGACUGUGACUUUGCCAACCUCUUCAGCUGGAUCCAGGACAAUGCAUCCAAGCUGCAGAAAGGUAUUUCUGUGGGUGUAUUUCCACACAUCCCAGUGCAUGUCCCAGUGUGCCUUUGCAUUUUCUCACCCUGCUGUCCACUGCUGAAUGGUCUCCAUGAAAUCCAGUGCUCCCUGCCCGUGGAGAACAGAAGGAUCUUUCUGAACGAGUUAUCUGAGGUCAGCUUCAGUGAAUGCAAAUUCAGUUUGUCAUUGACAGACCUUUUCAUCAUCAUCUUCUCUGGAGUGGCCGUGUCCAUUGCUGCCAUUCUCUCCAGCUUCUUCCUGGCCACCCUGGUGCACUGCUUCCAAAGGUGUGCUCCCAGCAAGGACGAUGAUGAAGAUGAAGAUGACUCUGAGGACUGAACUUAAUCAAAAUCCUUAAUUUUCCUUGGUUUAUCAGUUACCAGAUCAUCAGCCAAAGUCUAUGCGGGGAAAAAAAAGUAGAGUGAAAGCUUUAAACAUGACUUAAACUCACAAUGUGUAAGGAUCUUUUCUGCUCUUCACAGGCAGGAAUGGCAGAGCUGGGACUGUCACCUCUUCUUGCACAUUGCCCUGCUGCAAUCACACCAGGCUGAUUUCCAUGGUCCUUAACCAAACACUGCAUUUAAGCUUGAAGACUGAAGGAAAAGAGGGGGGAAAAGCAAAACAAAAAAAAAAAAAGUUCCAGUAUUUUAAAAGAUGAGUUUCCAGAUUGUCCUGAUGAAAUGCGGAUUUUCAAAAGUGCUUGAAGCUUGUUCGAGAUACACUUUGAAAAUGACUGGAUGAAUGGACCUGGUUCAGGUUGAAAAUACAGAAGCAAUUCAAAAUAGUAUCCUUCCUAGAUCUAAGUACUGGGAGAUUCCAUUAAAACUCCCACAAAAUGCAAUUAAAAUGAUUCCUAGAACUGUAGAAAGCAUGAGAGGAAGGUUGGCAUUUUCCCCCUACAAAAGUUCUCCAGAAACAGUCAUCCUCCAUUUAAUGGCAGCAACCGCAGGCACCAUUCAGCAAAAAUGAAAAAAAAAAAAAAAAAAUUAUUUCUGUAAAUGAAUAUGAUUCUGGAUCUGAGUCAUCCACUGCAGAUGCCUGGCACUUCUUUGGUCAUGGCACAAAUCCUAAAUUUAACAUCCUUUCGCAUUUUUAGAUGCAGUGAAGUAAAGGAUUUCCCUCCCCAGUAGCUGUUGCAGCAUCCAGUCCAUUUAGCUAUUUUAAAGCACUAAGGGCUAUAUUCUGCUCCUGGUUAUACUGGAAUAACCCAAAUGAGAUCAACACCAUGAUCCAAAUUGGCAACUGCAUAAACAAAAGUGAAAUCUGGCCCAACAUAUUUCUGACUGUAUUAUAGAUUUGUCAAAACUUGAGCUCUUCUAUAUGAUGGUAGAUAUUUUUGUUAACAUUUAAAAAGACAUUUAUUACAAGAGAUUUUUGGAAUAGUGCUGGACAGCUUUUUAGGAUAAGUAUAUUUUUAAAAUAUUUGAAAUGGAAAUAUUUUUUUAAAGCUCUGUGUAUUUAAAUUGUUAUCUAGAGUAGCUGUGAGGGCUUAAAGUCAUGAACAACCUAGUGAUAAGCAAGCUAAGGACUGUAUGCUAUUAUAAAAUAAUUAGAGCUGAUAAAAAGUAGCAUUUGUUUAACUACUGUAAAUGCUAUUAUUUCUUUUGAAAAGCACUCUUUGUUCAAAAUACUGCCUUGCUCAGUAGGAGGGAGUCACCCUGUGUGCUUGGGGGUGACAGGGUCCAUCAGCACUCCUGGGGAUCCCCCCAGCAGGGAUCAGCUGGAAAACCUUCAGAGAACCACAGUCUGUCUGUCUGUCUGUCCGUGCCUCAGCUCCAGGGUCUACAGCCUGACCAGCACUCCAACUGUGAUCCCUCUGAAGAGAUUUGGGGCUGCAGGGGGAGAGCUGUGCCCCGGGGCUGUCCUCGGAUCUGCCCUGUCCGUCUGUCCUGGGAUCUGCCCCGGGGCUGUGCCUGCGCUCAGCCCUGUCCAUCUGUCCUGGGGGCUGCCCUGUCCGUCUGUCUCUGGGAUCAGCGCUGUCCAUUUGUCCUGGGGAUCAGCCCUGUCUGUCUGUCCUGGGGGCUGUCUCUGGGUUCUGCCCUGUCCGUCAGUCCCUGGGAUCAGCCCUGUCCAUCUGUCCUGGGGAUCAGCCCUGUCCGUCUGUCCCGGGGCAGUGGGCCGGCCCUGGAGCUCUGCAGUUCCUCCCUUGGCUGCCAGGGCUGCUCUGGGUGUGCACCACGCUGGGGUCACAGCCAGGAGAGAUUUUCAGUUCAUUCAAUGCACUCUUCUUCCCUUGGUAGGAUUAUUACUUCUGAAAAAACACCAAGACAGAAUUAAGCAGGACGAGGAGGGGCUAUUCUGUAUCAAUGCUGUCUUAUUCUAAUACAAUUCCUUCAAGAAAAAUGAAAUUACAUGAUUUUCACUGUGUA